AGGCCUUGUUCUUCAUCGCUCUCGGGGUUGGCUUCUCCUCCCCUUCCGGUUCGGUUCGGUUCGGGUCCUGGGUUCCGGUUCGCGGCUAGCAGUAGUUGUUGUAGUAGCAGCUAGGGUUUCCGGUAGGGUUCCGUCGAGAUCGCCAUGGAUGAGUACCGCUGCUUCGUGGGCGGCCUCGCCUGGGCCACCGACGACCACAACCUCCAGUCCGCCUUCAGCAACUUCGGCGAGAUCCUCGACGCCAAGAUCAUCCAGGACAGGGAGACUGGGCGGUCGCGCGGGUUCGGGUUCGUGACGUUCGCCACCGAGGAGUCGAUGCAGGCGGCCAUCGAGGGGAUGAACGGCAAGGAGCUCGACGGCCGCAGCAUCACCGUCAACCAGGCCCAGUCCCGCCGCGGCGGAGGCGGCGGUGGGGGCUACGGAGGUGGCGGCGGCGGCGGCGGCGGCUACGGCCAGCGCCGUGAGGGCGGGUACGGCGGAGGCGGUGGUUACGGCGGCAGCGGCGGCGGCGGCUACGGCCAGGGCCAGCGCGGCGGCGGUGGCUAUGGAGGCGGCGGCGGCGGCUACGGUGGUGGGGCCGGCGGCUACGGUGGUGGCUACGGCCAGCAGCGCGGCGGCACCGACGGCCAGUGGAGGAACUGAGCGGCUGCGCGCGGCCCAGUUGUCUCCUGCUGCUCCCUGUCGUCUUCGAUUUAUCAAUCUAUCGAAUCUAUCUAUCCCGAGUUAACAUCAUCGGUCGGUCGUGUCAGUCGUCGUGUUGUUUGUGUUUUUGAUCGGGAGCUUCGAGUGAGUCUGUCUCUGUGUCUGUGUCUGGUUUUAAUUAGCGCAAGAAGAAAAAACAUAUCAAGUGUUUAUGUGAUGAUGCAAUCCCUUUCUGUUCCAUGGAUUGGAUCGGGAUGUGACGUUGCUCUGUUGAACUCUGUUAUCGUUUGGUAUUGAAAAUCAGCGGGAAGAGAAAAUUUGCUGCA